GUUAAUGGAUUGAUGAUUGAGCUCUUCAGGGUCUGGUGUGUUUGUCAACAGUUGAGGAAUUAUCGAAAACCGAUUCUACAACGUUUUGUGGUUAGGAUCUUGAUCAUGGUCCCGAUUUAUUCAAUCUCAUCUCUUAUCUCACUUUUCUCCCUCGAGGCUUCCUUCUUUAUCGAUUUGGUCCGUGAUCUCUAUGAGGCAUUCGUUAUUUAUUGUUUCUUUGUACUUCUAGUCGAAUAUCUCGGUGGCGAACGUAGUUUAUUGAUCCUUCUUCAUGGUCGACAACCUACGCCCCAUCCAUGGCCAAUCUCCAAAUUUUUGCCUCCCAUGGAUAUCUCUGACCCAUAUACCUUUCUCAAUCUCAAACGCGGUAUCUUACAAUACGUUCAAAUCAAGCCCAUUCUAGCAAUUCUAACCGUAAUCUUCAAGGCUACAAACACUUACAACGAUGGGACUUUGAAGUCAACUAGUGGUUACACUUAUGUCAGCCUUGCAUACAACCUAAGUGUAUCGUUAUGCCUCUACUGCCUUGCUAUGUUCUGGGUUUGUACUGGUGAAGACCUCAAACCUUUUAGACCGUUGCCUAAAUUCCUCUGUGUAAAAGGAAUUAUCUUCUUUAGCUUUUGGCAAGGUUUCGGUAUUUCGAUCUUGGUAGCUGUCGGAGCUCUCAAAUCAACUCGUUACGACACCGAAACUCUCUCACUGGCUGUCCAAGACACUAUGAUCUGUUUCGAGAUGCCACUAUUUGCAUUCUUACAUCUCUAUGCAUUUUCACAUCACGAUUUUAUCGAUCGUGAUGUGAAUUAUUGCGGACGACUUCCAUUCAUACAUGCGUUCCGAGACAGUAUAUUAGGUUUUAAGGACGUACUCGAGGAUUCACUCUUGACUUUCACUGGAGCAGGUCUCAGUUACAAGACGUUCGAACCAGCCGAAGGAGCGUUACAUCAUGAAGGCGUAGUGAGGGAACGUAGAUUAAGAGCGGGGCUUCGGUAUAGUAAAGGCGGUAAACAUAAGUACUGGUUACCGAUGGCAGGAGAAAGAAGAUGGGACAUGAACACCGCUCCCACCAACCUUGACGAGUCUUCUGAUGAGUCAUCAAAUGGAUCAGAGCUAGACGAAGUCGGAUUCGGGGAACCUAGGAUCGAAGAAGAAGAUCUUUAUUCGGAUGCGCGAAGGUUGGAGUUCGGAGAUUAUAAUAAUCCAGUGGUAGAUGCAUCUCAA